AACAAGUACUUAUCAAAGUACUAGGGAUGAUAUAAUCACCCUAAGACCUUCGAAAGUAAUGUCACAGAAGAGUCGCGGUCCCAUGUCUGAAUCAGUAGAAGGAUAAAAAUUCAAAUGAUGUUGGGACUAAUUUUAAAUGCUAUAUAAUUAAAUGUCUACACAUACAGACAAUGAUUUGAACGGCCAACUCUAGUUAAAAGUCUAUCUCAAGUUAUUAAUAGAGUCUGUUUCUAAUUAUAUGUAUAUUCAAGUUAAAACAACUCUCAAACAGUUCCAAACUAACUCCUAUCCUUACAUUCACACACACACACACACCACACACACACACACACAUCUAUGGAAACCUACAUGUAACUUAUGGAAACAUAAGAUUACGUCCUAAUCCCAAAACAAAAACAAAAAAGGAAACAUCUCACCUAGCUGUCCACCAGAUAUCCUCACCCAAUAACAUCUGCAAGUUGAGAAACAAUUGAAUAAUUUGGUGACUAAACUGAAGAGAUUUUAAAUUACCGGGAGACUACAAAAAUACUCAUCAACAUUGUAUAUCAGAAAAUCUGGCAAAUGGAUUUGAAAAAGUUCGUCAGCUCAUUUGUUUCAGGAUCCAAUACAUUGAAAGUUGAUUCAUUAAGUGAAACACCGGAUAAAGCAUGGGAAAAAUAUAAGAAAAACUUACAUAUUGAAAAAGUAGAUCCCCUAAGUUUGAUCCAUACAAGGGACCCAGAUAAAUAUCUACGGUUUGUUUGUAUUUCUGACACCCAUUGCAACAUAGAGAAAAAGGAGGACUUUGUGCCAGAAGGUGAUGUUUUACUUCAUGCAGGAGAUUUUUCAAACUGUGGACGCUUGUCAAACAUUAAAAAAUUCAAUGAUUUUCUCGGAUCUCUACCUCAUCAAUAUAAAAUAGUCAUUGCUGGAAAUCAUGACAUAAGUUUCGACACAGAUUUGUUAAAAAAACCAGUGUAUAUUUUCAAGAAUGAUAUUGAGAGAGACCUUAAUGAUUUACAAGUUGAGUCAGGAAAAGCUUUUCUUACCAACUGUACUUACUUGGAAGAUUCUUAUGUGGAUAUCCAUGGUUAUAAGAUCUAUGGUUCUCCUUGGCAACCACGUUUUUGUGACUGGGCCUUCAAUGUACCCCGAGGCAAGAAACUGCUGGAUAAAUGGAAUCUUAUCCCUGAUGAUGUGGAUAUCUUAAUAACACAUGGACCACCUCUGGGUUAUGGAGACCUUUGCAGAUCUGGCUUGAGGGCUGGUUGUGUUGACCUCCUCAACACCAUUCAGAAGCGAGUCCAACCAAAAUUUCAUAUUUACGGACAUAUUCAUGAAGAUUAUGGCAUCCUGACUAAUAAGACGACAACAUUCAUCAAUGCUUCAAGCUGUUCAAUAAACUACUGCCUUACAAAUCCACCCAUUGUCUUUGAUCUCCCCUUAUACAAUUCUGAGGCAUCUUAACAUUACAGAAAACGCUUACAUUUCCACUCCUUUUUCUUUCAAUUCAUAUAUUUACUUAAUGUUAAACGUUUUUGUUGAGAUUUUUGUUAAACUGUUUUAUAUUCAAUUUUUCCAAUUUGCAAGUCAGAUUGUAAACAAAUCCAGACAUUUGCAUUAAUUUUUGAGAGCAAAUGUUUCAUAACCAGUUGUCAGGUGAGAAAACAAAUAAGAAAAACCAGUAUUAUUUAGUUUAACCCUUCAAUGUUUAAACCUGUUUUAUGUUCCAACUGGCCAGAUCUAGCUUAUACCUAUUCAACAAUAUCAUUCAGAAUAUAGACUGUUACAUCAUCAAAAUGUCAAAGCAACAGGAUAAUACACGAUUAAUUGAAAAUGAUGUGAAUAGAUAAGCAUUACAUUUGACAGUAAACUGAAUGCUGAAGGGUUAAACAAUCAACAUGAUUUUGUUGUGUUUACAGAGUCAUUAUGCCAAUAUAAUUAACACACACACUGGUUCAAUAUCCAAUUGUUUUGUUUGUCAAAGCUCUUUCAUUGCUGCUUGCAACCUUUUCAAUGACUACCGACUUAAUCCGUUAUAGAGGCUGUAUUUGUUUGAGAUCUUGCUAGUGUAUUGGAAAGGUUGCAAAUACUAAUGGAAGAGCUUUGACAAACAAAAACAAAAUAAUCAGAUAUUUAACCAACUGAUUAAUAAUAAAUGAGUGGAAUCGAACUAAUGUGUGUUAAUUAUAUUGGCAUAAUGGCUCUCCCAUGACACAAAAUUUAUUUCAACACACUAAUUCACAUAAAGAAUCUUGCAAACCAGAUACAAAAACGAAACCAACAUGGUACAUUACCAGUAAUGCAGUUUCCAUCAAGAGUUAUAAAACUGUUAUAUCAGUAGAAAGUAGCAUUAUAUUUCAUGAAUUGUUUGUUACUUAUAAACAUUAUAGUUAUCUUUGGAACAAACAUAAGUAGGUAACGGCUGUGAGGUUAAAACUUUGCAUUGCAACUGCAUAAUGGUUCCAAGACUGAUCUCAAUGUGUGGCACUUUCAACAAGUCUCCUACUGUAGCCUCAGGUUAAUCAAAGCCUUGAGGCUGGAAUUUAGUUAAGUGGCAAUUGUGCAAAAGCCUUUUGAGAAUGUGUUUAUAUGUGAGAUAGGUGCAGACGCGACUGUUUGGGAAGAAGUUUGCUUCUGAAUUACAUGGUUUGGGGUUUAGUCCCAUUGCAUGGCACCUUGAUUAAGAGUCUUCUACUAUAGCCCUGAGCUGACCAAAGCCUUGUGAGUGGAUUUAGUAGAUGGAAAGUGAAAGAAGUCUUGUGUAUGUGUGUGUUACUGUGCCCUUGCCUUGACUUUGUUUUGAUAGCUAUAAACUAGUGCCUCCAUCAUACAAGAAAUGUCCUUUGUUUCCAAUCUUCUAUGAAAACAUGUUUGGUCAUGGAGGAAUAUUACCUUACUUGAAAACGGGUGAGGAAGAGCAUCCAGCUGUAAAAAAAAA